UAGCAAAUAGCAUUCAUGGACCCCUUUAUUAUUAAUUAAAUUAAUUAAUUGGAAUUAAAAUAGGAAUUAGGAUCCUCCAUUAAAUAUAGUCAAUUAUAGGAUAUUCCUCUCCAUUUCAAUUUCAUUCAAAUAUCCCCACCUCAUAAAUAGGCCUUUGUUCCUUGCUUUAGCUUUGUUCACAAUCACCACAUUGUGUUGCCUACUAAAAGCAAAACUCCCCCAAAACAAACAUUUCACAACCUCUCCUUUUCUCUUUAGAUCUUGUUUUUAUUCUCUUUCUUUUCUCUUCCACAAGUGUUUCACGUAAGGUUCAAGGGUUUCAUCCUUUUUUCUUUCAUUAAGUGAUUAUCGGAUCCCUUAUAGUGAACCUUGAGUGAAAAAUCCAAUAUCAGGGAAUGCGGAAAGAUGUGUGUACAUGCCGGAAAUUCAUCUUGUGAAGAUUAUUGUAUCAACUUUUUGUUUAAUUAUCAUUUGUCAGCCCUCGAAGAGGUUGAGUAUGUCGCUUGCAGCCGAUUCAUGCUUUCCCCUCAAAUCCACUAUAAAUCUACUAGCAGUCGGAUAUUUGCCAUGCUAAAGCACGAGACCGUGGAUGACGGUUGAGUUCUUUGGUAAUUUACAUAUUUGUUUUUGUUACGUUUACGUAGCAUAACUUUUUUAUUCUUUCGAAUCUGCAUCAUUACGUAAAAAUGGAAAAGAAGGGAAGUAUAUUGAUGGAACGGUACGAGUUGGGAAAAUUACUAGGGCAAGGAAAUUUUGCGAAAGUUUAUUAUGCUAAAGACAUAAAAACGGGCCAACAUGUAGCUAUUAAGGUUAUUGACAAGGAAAAAACGUUGAAGGCGGGGCUAAACGAGCAGAUUAAAAGAGAAAUAUCAGUCAUGAAGUUGGUUAAGCACGAAAAUGUCUUGCAGUUGUUUGAGGUCAUGGCUACAAAAAGCAAGAUUUACAUCGUGUUGGAGUAUGCGAAAGGCGGUGAGCUUUUCAAUAAGGUGGCGAAAGGCCGGCUUAAAGAAGACAUUGCUAGGUGGAUUUUCCAACAGUUGAUCAGUGCUGUGGAUUGUUGUCAUAGCCGAGGCGUUUAUCAUCGGGAUCUUAAGCUUGAAAACUUGUUGAUCGACGAGGAUGGGAGCUUGAAGGUGUCUGAUUUCGGGUUGAGUGCACUUUCAGACUCAAAACGACAAGAUGGGUUGUUGCAUACGAUGUGUGGAACCCCGGCAUAUGUAGCUCCGGAGGUGAUAAACCGAAGAGGCUAUGAUGGAGCGAAAGCUGAUAUAUGGUCUUGUGGGGUCAUCUUGUAUGUUUUGCUUGCUGGUCAUCUCCCGUUUCAAAACUCGAACUUGAUCGAGAUGUAUAAGAAGAUAACCCGAGCUGAUUACCGAUGCCCAAAUUGGUUCCCGUCUGAGGUCCGAAGACUUUUGUUGAAGAUCCUAGAUCCAAACCCUAAUACGAGGAUACCCAUUAGUAAAAUCAUGGAGAAUUCCUGGUUUAAGAAAGGGUUAGGGACUAGACCCGUAAAACUAGCUAAACCGGAGACCAAAGAAAACAAGCAUUUGGAGGCCAAAACAUUCGAUAAGAUGCCCGAGUUUGUCAAACCGUCUAAUCUUAAUGCUUUUGAUAUCAUCUCCUUGUCAUCAGGACUAGACUUGUCGGGUUUAUUCGUAGGAGAUGAUCGACGAGAAGAUGUACGUUUUACAUCACUACAACCCGCAAACGUGAUAGUAUCGAAGCUGGAGGAAGUUGCUAUGAAAUCAAAGCUCAAGAUAACAAAGAAAGACGGAGGGUUCUUUAGGCUAGUCGGAGCAGGCGUUAGGAAGGAGGAAAUAGCGAUCGAUGUCGAAAUACUUGAGGUAACGCCAUCGUUUCAUGUGAUAGAGAUGAAGAGGGUAUAUGGUAAUACAAUGGAGUAUCAAAAAGUGUUGAAAGUUGAGAUUCAGCCUUCAUUGAAAGACAUUGUUUGGGCUUGGCAAGGUGACAAUCAUGUGCCAAAUGGAAUUAAUGUAUUUUAGAGAUUUAUUAGCAUUAAUUUCUUGAUUAGUUGUGUUUUUUGCUUACUUUAAUUUCUGAUUAUGUCUAAUUACUAUGUUUCUUUAUUAGGAUGAUUAAGCAUUGAUGUUCUGAUUUCUGUUCUCUGUUAUUGUUUAUGAUUAAGUUUAUAUGAGAAUUUUCCUUGUGUAAA